UUAAAAAGACCUUAAAUGAUAAAUAAUUAUAGGUCACCCUACAUAAUUAUCAAAUCAAGAUACGCGGACGCCAGGCACCUGGUAUACCAUUUCCUGGAGAUGGUGGACCGUCAGUUUUUGCAGAAUGGGGUGGUAAAUGGUAAUCAUGUGGGAGUGGCUGUGAUUUCCACCGCGGAUAACCAGAAGCAGCAGCACCAAAAAAUUACUGAAAAAGUCGAAAAAAAAUCAGGAUGGAAAGUCAAAGUUACAGACAACCUCACACUGGCCGAACGGUUGACUGUAUUUGCAGGUGAGGUGGGUGGUACUGCCAUCCUGGUAUUCCUCGGUUGUACCGGUUGCGUUGCCUCCAAGGGAAUUCCACCGCAUUUGCAGAUUUCCUUGACUUUUGGUUUGGCUGUAAUGGUUGCUGUACAAAUAUUCGGACAUAUAUCUGGAUCCCAUAUUAACCCUAUUGUGACGGUGGCUGCGGCCACUCUAGGAAACAUUUCAUUGAUCCAGAUUCCGGUAUAUUUCUUCGGGCAACUAUUAGGAGCAAUUCUUGGAUAUGGAUGUCUCUUGGCGAUCACACCGCAACAUUAUGUACAAUCCGGAUCUCAAGAAAUUAACGGAAUCGUUAUGAAAAACCCGGGAGUAUGUUCUCCAGGAAUCCAUCCCGAAAUCACCGUCUUCCAAGGUUUCUUGGCGGAAUUCUUAAUCACUUUUAUUCUUGCUUUGGUGUGCUGCGGCGUAUGGGAUGCCAGAAAUGCGGAUAAACACGAUUCUGUUUCCAUCAGAUUUGGGCUUACUAUUGCUGUUUUAGCUAUGGCUGGAGGUCAAUACACCGGGGCAAACAUGAACCCCGUACGUAGUUUCGCCCCUGCGUUGCUCAACGGAGACUGGGAAAAUCAUUGGGUUGUAUAUUGGAUUGCACCCCUUCUAGCAGGCUUUCUUGGUGCCCUAAUUUACCGGAUCUUAUUCCAGAAACCUGCACCAGCAAAAAGUGAGGAAAUCGCCGAAGUGAUACCAUUAAAUGAUAAUAAUAAAGCUUAGGAUAGUGUGUUUUUUUUUAAAUGAGAACCAGUCUUGCCCUUACUUUAUUAGGUCUCAAUAUAGUUUUUUUACUCUAAUUUAAGCACGAAUUCAGCUUGUGUUUUAAUGAGCUUCACAUUCAGAAAUAAAAUAUUUUCAUUGAUUUUU